GUUUAGAGGAAGAGAAGGAAAGAAUGUGGAAGUAUUGACUUUCAACUUCUUUGGAUUCAGUACACAGAUCAGAGCUCGUAGGAGAGUAUUCAACAUUCAGCAGUGCUACAAAAAUGAUGAUGACUACGUCUGGGUUACCCUAGGCUUCAAUGCAGAUAAAGAUGUGCUGCAGAAUAUCAAUGAAGAUGGUCCAAGUAUCCGGUCUAAUAUCUUGAACGCGCUUUCUCUUCAGUCAGAGAUUAAUGCUGUAAGAAUGCCAAUAAUACUGGUUGACAUGGAUGAUGGUCUUUACAUAACACUUUUAAUCCUUGGAAAGCCGCCAGUUCUUCUCGACUACAUUAUCCUGAAGACGACAAAGUAAUUACUGGAACACAAGAAGUUGAAGGUGUGACCACGGAGGAAGCUUGUGCCACUAACUGCCUCGAAAAAGAAGAUAACUGCUGGGGUUUCUCAAUGUGUGGAGCCGUGUGCACGUAUGGAACAGGCUCAUCCGCUACUGUGUCUGCCAGAAAGGGUUGCAAACUUUACAGAAGGUAUGAUAACACAACAUUCAUACCAUCGAUGGAAUUACUGGUGGAUAACAUUAAGAAUUUGGUCGAAGAACAUUUGCUGAAAUUAAUGCUAAAAGGGAAAGACGACAAAAUGAUUCAAGUAGAGGUGAGCUCAUUUGAAGUAACCUACCCUGGAGAAGACGAUUCCAUGUUCUAUCGGAUCGGAAAUGAAUUGAAUCCUAGAAUGCGAGUACUGAAAGCUGGCGCCAAGUUGAAAGCUGGUUCCGGAAACGUCGUGAAAAAUUUGGGCAAAUUACGCUACGACGAAUGCCAGAGAGUGUGUCUGGAUUUCAAAGACUGCGAGACGGUGUCAUAUUGUCUAAAAACCUCGGAAUGCAUUGUCAGCAAAAAGUAUGGAGAAGAUAUCAAGUCAGGAGACAUGGAGGACGAUACCUUUUGCAAUCUUUUAACGAGAAAGUACGCAGAUAACUUUGAUAGAAGUCCUGGCAUCGUCUUAUCCCUUACGGCUAAAAAGGAAAUUAAGGCUUCCACCUUGGAGGAGUGUGCUAGAGCCUGCAUCACCGAGACGGGUUUCAAAUGCUUAUCUUUCGAUCACUGCCCGCAAGGCGAUGACAAAAACUGCAGACUUCAUACAGUGCAUUACCCUAAUCCAAAGACAAGGGAAUCUGUGCAAGAAAAGAAACCUAUAUGUGGCCAUUACACUAGAAAAUUUAGCACAGAAUUCAAGAAAAAUCCAGAAAAACGCUACGUUGGUGCCAAGCUUCCUCCUUUAAGCAACGUUACGCUAGAAGAGUGCGCUAAGUCUUGCGUGGAUUAUGGGAAAGGCGCCUGCUACGGUUUCGACUUCUGCCAAGAUCGUACUAUCCUUGCAACAACUUGCACUUUGCUCGACAGCGAUCCUUCAAGGAUGAAAUCUUCCUAUAAUCCUGUCUGUACAAACUUCUUAAGAACUGAAGCACAGUACGCUCCUCGGCCAUAUACUACAGGUUACGCAGGGGGAAUCGCCUUCCUAUGCCUGCUUGUCGGCAUUAUUGUUGGCUGCGUUUGUGUGUUUGGCAUCGCUUACAUGCGAGUCAACAGACGGUGAGAUUUACGUGUUCGGCAUUCCACGAAAUGCUAGUAUCCUAAUUCCUAACUAUUCGCAUUAUUCAUUCGCGUAAAUGGACACUCCUGAUGUGCUGUAUAUAUCCGGUGGAAGCGAACAGUUUAUUAACUUAUACCAUUUACAAUUAAUUUAUAUUUGUAAUGUGAUUGUUUUAUUGUUAGAAACUCGAAUAAAUAAGAUGUGUUGUCUGAAA